AUGGAAGUGACGCUAGACACGUCGUCUCUAGGUGCAAAAGAUGCUGAAAAAGUAUUCCUUCUUAACUUUCCCAAUGGAAAAAUCAAAGAAGAGGCGAAAAAGGAUAUCAAAUUUGAAGCUAUUGAGAGCUCUGACAAAGACGAUCCAGUGAAGAAAAAUCACAAAACUGUGGUGGCCAAGACUGGCAAGAUGACGUACAGAGGUCAGAACUUCGGCCCUACAGCCUGCAGAUCUGCCGGUCUCUGUCAGUAUUACCUCGGUGUACUAAAUAAGGAGACUGGGAAAAUGCGAUUAUUGGAUGCUCAUAUGAUAAACAUGGAGCCAGUCAUAGCAGGGGAGGAAGAGUCUAGCAUCCCAGAAAUUCCAGCCAACUUGAAUUUGUCCUUCAGAGAGAAGAAUGACAUUCUCACAAAAUCAUUUGGGAGCUCUAAGAAGAAGAAAGCUGUUGAAUCACGUCAGAGGAACCAAGUAAAGGGGGAGGCAUUAGAGAUGGCUCUGGAGAUGGCUGUAGAUCAUGCCAUGUCUCAGCCAGACGCCAAAAAUCUUCUGAGCCCCAGCAAGUCUUCCGAGACCUCCAGCCUGAUUCCUCCAUACAACAAAGACGCGACAAGCCCAGCAGGAGUGUACAAUCUGGAUGACAUUGUCAGCCCAAGAGAAAGGGAUGAACUGUCUUGGGCGGCCGAAGUGUUCUUGAAAUGCGAACGUGAUCAAAUAGAAGCCUGGAGAAAAACUUCCACGUACUCAUCCUAUGUGCUGAAUCAUCUUGUCACCUUACCCCUGAGGGAGGAAGCCCGACUCAAGAAAGCCACAUUGUUACUCUACCUUCAGAACCUCAUUAAGCUUUAUCAGACGAAGGCAGCAGAGCUAAGGAGUAAAGACCCCCUUCCAGAUCUACCAGAUUUUGUGAAAAAGUCUGUUCUCAACAAGUUCACUUUGAAGUUGGGUGAAGAUGGGAGAAAGAUGACAAGAUGCAUGCCGGCACGGAUGAAAGACAAGGUGAUCUCAUACAUCCUGGUUCUUUGUCUGAUUAUAGACGAGUUUCAGGUGGACUUAGGCCCACUGCAGCAAGACCUUAAAAUAAGCCAACAGAGACUGACAACAUUUGUUCGAGCUCUGGGCUGUCAUUACAAUGUCAGCAAGAAGACAGAGUUUGGGGAGAAGACAAUGACGCAGACAGCCAGAUUGGAGGUUCCUUUGACAUUCCCAGAAAGAACAAUAAAGACGAAGAAAACCCGCCGAUGAUGCUUGAAGCAGCUGCUGAUUGCUUCAGCGUGGUGAAAGUGGCACAACAGCAUCCAGAUCAGUGACAAACCAGUGGAAGGAUAUGCAUGUACACACCUGCAGUGCCACCUUCAGUGCCAAAUUCUGCACACUGCCCUUGUCUCACAUACAACCCUUUCAUGUGGGUUGGCCUUGACUUGGUCUAUUCAUAAGGUAGACAACUUUCUAGGCGUAAUGAGCACGUUACCAUGGUAACUAGCAGAGCCUGCCUCCCUGAGUUACACAUGAGUUAAACACAACAGGAAUAAAUUUGUUACUUUGAGUAGCUUGAUCAGAGUUGGUUUUCCAGAAAUUGUACAUCAGCAAGAAUAACUGAUCUCUGUGUGGUGACUGGUGAUGAUCUUGAUCGGGGUGGACAUCAUCCCUAACAAGAGCGUUAACAACAUUGUCCUAGCCCCCAUUGAGCUGCCCAUUGUUUGGUCAUGUUUCCAUUUGUUAUCUCCCGAUUUCAGUGAGCAUUUGUGAACAUACUUCACAGUUUAGGCUGCCAAGGCAGGAAUAGGCAUGGAGCAUAGGAUUGGACACUGCAGCAGUCCCUGUGUGGAGACGGUGCUCAGCACCAAAAUCUAAUCUGUGCUCAGUGUCAAAUCUCACCUGUGUGCUGACCUGAUAUUGUCAACAACAACUGAGUUACCAUUUAACAGUUAUUUACCUUAUUAACAGAAGCUCUAUACAAGCUGGUUUGUUAGCUGUGAUAAACACCGUUGUUUUUGCAAACCUUGUCUCUCCCUCUUUGUGAUAUUCAUGUUUUAUGACAAGUGGUGGCAGAUACUUGUGUGGCAGUUUCCGCGGUCAAACUUUUAUUGAAGACCAUCAUUCCACCAUUGUAUUCCAAACUGUUUGUCAGAUGUGGGGACAAUUUGUUGGUAAAACUUGGCCGUCAUCGUAUAAGCAUAAUAUUCUUUAGUAUGGCAUUAAAUAACAAUAACAUAAAUAAAUAGACCAAUAUCAAUGGCAUUAGAUGACAGGUUAGACAGGUAAAAAGGAUAUAGUUGUACACGAGUAGGUCUGGCGGCAACCAGCGGAUGGUCACAGCCCGUUUUCCUCUAGUCACAAGGCUAGCCGCCAUCAUAUGAAAUUUUGAAAUUUCAGUGAAAUUUUGGGUGAAAUUUUCUUGAGUACAGCUCAAGACACAAUAAACAAAGAAAUAAAUCGUAAACAGGAGGCAAAUGUUCAAUCCUAAGGCCUUCACACCUAAGUCUGUAACACAGGCUAAGGGGAGAGGUGAGGUGCUGCUCAGAGAGUGACAUUCAAGUGAGGCAGGGCUAUAAAUGUGCUACAAGAACAGGCCAUAGUUAUCUCCCCCUCCAUGCUCACGAAAUACUUCUGCUACCUCGGGAUAGAUCCAAGACUCGUUCUUGCCAGUUUAGCUUUCAGAAAUACAGAUCUGUACUCUUACAUUGGCUAACCUGCAGCUCGGGAUCAAUGCGAGUAUGCUGUUGUGGACACAUCAAAUUUGCACACUACAAAGACGAUAAUGGCAGUAAUUCGGACAUCACAUAGGUAUUCGUGAAUGAUGCAAACCAUCAUUGCCAUAAUUACCACAAAC